GGACACUUUCGUCAACAUCCUGUGCCAAUUCAACACCCUCUUGUACCUGUGUACAAAUCGUAUAACACUUGCGUGAGCCCAUCAACAUGAGCCAAGGAGUCAACGGCUUACCCACGGGUCAGCCACCGACAACACCUUUUUAUCCGUACGCAGGGUUACACCCAGCCGACGAUGGUUACGAUUCGACCUUCCACAUCUUCCCACCGGACUACUAUCCGUCGGAGUGCGAUUAUCCGACGCAGAUCCUAGACAGCAUGCGCAUGGCUCCGUCCCAGCGCUCGCAACGAUUCCACAUAAGCAACAUCCUGGAGCUGAACAAUCAGCACCAGCAGCAGCAGCAGCAACAACAACAGGAUCCUCCUGGCAAAGACCAACCUGGCGUGUCAAGCCUGCCACCAUCCACAAUCCUGCAGCAUCACGGACCCCACCCGGCCACGUAUCCUUUCACACUUUCCGAGCUGGAAUCGCAACAACACGCGGCACAACAAACGCUCGACGUAUCCUCGGCCAACUCUAGCUAUCCUGGUGCCACGGCGGAUGAUCAAACGCACCUUCCGUACGGUACGAUGUCCUCCCAGGGCACAUCCUGCCUUCCACUGCAACCCGUGUUGAAUCCUUCCGCAAUCGGUGCCUCGAUGCCGUACGAUCCUCCACCGUACUAUUCGUACUCACAUCACGCCCAUCAUCUGUUUGGUGGUUCCAGUGCUGCUUUGGGAGCAGCUCCAGAACCUUCCAGGACGUCCUAUCCCUACGGAGCCGUCAAUCUGGAUUACGUGCCAUCGGUUAUCCAACAUAGCGCUUCGAAUGAGGUGCCCAACUCGAGCCAGCAGCUCAGUCCGGACAGUACAUCCCCCGGACCGGAGCUGUACUCGUUGGCCAGCUAUAGCAACAUCCCGCGGGUUGUAAACGAAGCGUCCGAUCGGUUGGUUGCCCUCGAAUCCGAUGGACCGUCGCUGGAUCCGGAGUGUUCUGUGGACACGAACAACAACAAUAAUGCCAGCAGCAACAGCAAUAACCAGCACAGCCCACAGGACGAUCUGGUGGAUGAUAUGGACUCACCGGAUCCUCGUGGCGGUGGCCGAUCGGGUGGAUCCCGUGGAGACAUUGGUGGUGGUGGCCAUAAGAAGCGCAAACGGCGCAUCCUUUUCUCUAAGUCGCAAACUUUCGAGCUUGAGCGGCGUUUUAAGCAAGCGCGCUAUUUAUCCGCACCGGAGCGGGAACACUUGGCCAGUAUGAUCAGUCUCACGCCGACGCAGGUGAAGAUUUGGUUUCAAAAUCAUCGUUACAAGACGAAGCGUGCUCAGACGGAGAAAAGCGGUGGGUAUCCUGUUAAUGUGCUGGGAGCGAGUCCUCCGAAGAAGAUCAACCCGCCGGUGUUGGUGCGCGAUGGUAAACCGUGUCAGGAUCAGCUGCAGCACCAGCGCCAUCAUGCUGUGCAGUCCCAGCAGCAGCAACCGCAGCAGCAGCAGCAGGGACAAGGACAUACCCAUCCGCAUGCACAUGUUGCACCGGGACAUUUUCUUUCGAGUGGGGUACAUCAUUCGCCGUUCGGUGCCGUUCACGGGUCCGGUUUGCAGCCUUCCAGCGCAGGGAUGCUCGCAGGGGCACACGGUGGUUCGCCUCGCAUGUGGUGA